GCGCUUGCCGCUGGGCGGCGUCGGCGCGGCCCCGGGGCCUGCCGGGUUCAGAUGUGGCGGCCUGAAGCAGUGCGCCGGCCGCGGGCAGCUCGGGGGCUCGGCCGCGCCUCACCGCUCGGCGGCUCUGGACAGUAUGCCUUCAGAAGUCUUGCUGAAGAUCUUUUCCUACUUGGACGCCGUGACCCUGCUGUGUACGGGAUGCGUGAACAGGCGUUUUUAUCAUCUGGCCAAUGACAAUUUCCUUUGGAUCAGAAUCUAUUCAGCGGCCUUUUCACCUAAAAGGUCUAAUUGGAGAGUUAAUUCAGCAGAGGAGACCACAGGAUCUGUGAACGUGCCGCCGGCUAAGGAUAAAGAAGCCGGCUAUUGGAAGAAAGAAUAUAUCACGAAGCAAAGAGCGCGUGUGAGGGCAGCGCUUGCGCAGGUUCUCAAGCCUGUGAACCCUUACACGGGCCUGCCGGUGAAGACCAAGGAGGCCCUCAGGGUAUCUGGUUUAGGUUGGGUAAUAAUAUUGAAAGAAAAAAAUGGAAAAGAAUACAUCAUGGAGCACAUUGACCUUUCCAUAAACGAUUCAUCCGUGACGAUUACAUGGUAUGGCAAAAACUGGCCACGACUAGCCACGUUGUCAACCUUAGACCUGUGUGGUGUGACGCCAGCUUUUAUGGAGCGGUCUAAAACCCCCUGCCAGAGUGGGCCUCGGUGGCAUUCUUUAAUUGCAAAGUACAAUCUGAGUAACUUAACCGAAUCCACCACGAUUGGCGGGGACAGACUCAUUCGCAUCUUCUGCCUGCACCCAGGCCUCCUGGUGGGGCUGUGGAAGAGGGAGGAAGAACUGGCUUUUGUUACGGCAAAUCUUCAUUUCCAUCAGCUUGUGGAGAAGAGCACAUUAGGCUCGGCCACCGUCCCCUACGAGCUGCCCCCUCACACCCCCCUUUUGGAUGACAGCCCAGAGUAUGGACUGCAUGGCUACCAGCUCCAUAUUGAUAUGCACAGCAGUGGAGUUUUCUACCUGUGUGGCACAUUCCGCAAUCUCUGUACCAAGAAAGGGUAUGUUGAAGAUGGAUAUGUGAAGAUUGUUGUUAUAAGUUUUAAAAAUAACACAGAACACCUACCUCUUAUUGGAAAAGUUGGCCUCUCUUGGAGAACUGAUAUUUUCAAUGGCUGUAUAAAGACUUGUUCUAUAAUGGACAUAACUCUUUUGGACGAAUAUGGGAAACCGUUUUGGUGUUUCAGUUCUCCGGUUUGUUUGAGGCCUUUGGGGCCCUUGGACGGCCCCAACUUCUUGGGACAGACUUACUAUGUUGACUAUGCGGACACAGAAGGAAAAGUGCACAUGGAGCUGGUGUGGAUCAAGGAGACGGAAGAGUACUUCAUCGUCAGCCUGGCCCUCUACCUGAGGGUAGCAAAAAUAAACCAGUGGUUUGGGACGGCGCACUGAGUGUUGGCAGCAGGUGGCAAAUCAGUGUUGCUGUUUGUUUAUUUUGGACUAAGCAGUUUUGUUCUUGUUGGGAGUUGAAAUAAAGUAGUAGUCUGUUUCAUGCCUUUUAAUUUCA